GAGAGAUAGACACAUACACACACACACACACACACAUGCUCGGACAGAAAUGUGAAGAGGGAGCUCACACACACCUCUCCUGAUUCAGCGGAACAGAUCUGUCCGUCACCUCUCCCUUGGCUGCAACCUUUUACGCAGCGCGCCCUGCCGCAAAACAAGACAAUCCCCCAAAACACACACAGCGGGACCUGCCCCGUCCGCACGUCCGUCAGCCUGCCUGUCCAAUCUGCGUAGAUUAACGGCUCUGUUACAACUCUGACUGACUGACUGCGUGUUUACUGGCGUCCACUGCAGAGGAGAGCAGAGGAGAGGAAGGAGAAGGAAAAGAAAACGACGGGCUGAAAAAAACCUUCCCGGGGAGAGACGAGCCGCGAAUGUGAAUGAUGGGAAAACUAAAAAACAACGACGGCUGCGUUGAGGACGGGCCAUCGGAUGAACACAGGGACAAGUAGAUAAUAAAACAAAACAUUUAAAGGAGAAAGAGAAAAAAAAACAACAAAGAAGCUUUGUUUCUUCAUCUCUACCGUCCGGACCUCCUGCAAAGGGGAGAUGGUCAUCAUUAUGGGAUAGGCGCACGGGUUCUUCCUUUUCGCCCAUUGCCAUGGAUACCAGCACGCGAAAAUUCACAGUGCGGAGAUGGUUCUCCAUCUACCUGAAGAGCAAGGCGGCGAGGAACAAGAACAGCACCGGCUUCUGUCAGCUGGAGGAUGACAGUAUUCUUAAGGAGAUUGACAUCAGCCACCAUGUGAAGGAGGGUUGUGAGAAAGCAGACCCCUCUCAGUUCCAGCUGCUUAAAGUGCUGGGACAGGGUUCCUAUGGAAAGGUGUUUCUGGUGAGGAAGAUCAGAGGAGUGGAUAGAGGACAGCUGUAUGCCAUGAAGGUCCUGAAGAAAGCCACGUUGAAAGUUCGGGAUCGUGUGCGGUCUAAAAUGGAAAGAGACAUUCUGGCAGAGGUGAACCAUCCAUUCAUAGUUAAACUGCACUAUGCCUUUCAGACAGAGGGAAAGCUCUAUCUGAUCCUAGACUUUCUCCGUGGAGGAGACCUUUUCACUCGCCUGUCAAAGGAGGUAAUGUUUACAGAGGAGGAUGUGAAGUUUUACCUUGCAGAGUUGGCCCUGGCCUUAGACCAUCUACACAGUCUGGGCAUCAUCUACAGGGACCUAAAACCUGAAAAUAUUCUUCUGGAUGAGGAAGGACACAUUAAGAUAACAGACUUUGGAUUGAGUAAAGAGGCCAUCGACCAUGAUAAAAGAGCAUAUUCCUUCUGUGGAACAAUAGAGUACAUGGCUCCAGAGGUCGUCAACAGGAGAGGGCACACGCAAAGCGCGGACUGGUGGUCAUUUGGAGUACUUAUGUUUGAGAUGUUGACAGGAUCGUUACCAUUCCAAGGAAAAGAUCGGAAGGAAACAAUGGCGCUUAUUCUAAAGGCAAAGCUGGGAAUGCCACAGUUCCUCAGCCCUGAAGUGCAGAGUUUAUUAAGAGCACUCUUCAAGAGGAACCCUGCAAAUCGACUUGGUGCGGGACCAGAUGGAGUGGAAGAAAUAAAAAGACAUCGCUUCUUUGCAUCCAUAGAUUGGAUUAAGUUGUACAGGAAGGAGAUGAGGCCUCCGUUCAAGCCGACGGUUGGAAGACCUGAAGACACUUUCCACUUUGACCCAGAGUUCACCUCCAGAACACCCACCGAUUCUCCCGGCAUCCCUCCCAGCGCAAACACACACCAGCUGUUUCGUGGAUUCAGCUUUGUUGCGACGAAUCAAAUUCAGGAACCCACUGUUGCUACGGUAGCACCUUCUCGUCAGGAGGUGAACAACAUCAACCCGAUAGCACAGCAUCUCCGUGGUGACGUGGCCUUUAGUGAUGUUUAUGAGCUCAAGGAGGAAGUUGGACAGACGGUGACUUCUGUCCGCAGAAGAUGUCUGCACAGAGUUACGGCUGUGGAGUACUCGGUGAAGAUUAUUGAGAGGGCAAGGAAAGACCCAGCGGAGGAGAUCGAAAUUCUGUUGAGAUACGGACAGCAUCCAAAUAUUAUUACCCUGAAGGAUGUGUUUGACGACGGCCAGAGUGUGUUCCUGGUUCAGGACUUACUGAGAGGAGACGAGCUGCUGGACAGAGCUCUGACGGUGCCAAAUUUUACAGAGAGGGACGCUUCAGACAUCAUCUGCACUCUCGCCAAGACUGUGGAAUAUUUACACUCACAGGGGGUCGUGCAUCGGGACCUGAAGCCUAGUAACAUUCGCUAUUCUGAUGACUCCGGACUCCCAGAAUGCAUCAGGAUAUGCGAUUUUGGUUUUGCCAAACAGCUCAGGGCUGAGAAUGGCUUAUUGAUGACCCCCUGUUACACGGCAACCUUCAUGGCUCCUGAGGUUCUGAAGAAGCAGGGUUAUGAUGCAGCCUGUGACAUCUGGAGCCUGGGGAUCCUGCUCUACACCAUGAUAGCUGGUUUCAGUCCAUUCGCCAGCAGCUCUGAGGACACGGCAGAGGAGAUUCUGGCUCAAAUUGGCUGCGGGAAAUUCGUUAUCACAGGGGGGAACUGGGACCUGGUAUCAGACACUGCCAAGGACUUGGUGAUCAAGAUGCUCCAUGUGGACCCCCACCAGCGCCUGACUGCCCCCCAGGUUCUCCGUCACCCCUGGAUUGUAGACAGAGACCAGUUGUCUGACAGAGCUCUCACCAGGCAGGAUGCGCUCACUGUCAAGGGGGCACUGUGUGCCACCUACUCUGCUCUGAGGCGCUGUGCUCCAGCUCCGCUCCUGGAGCCCGUUCAGUCCUCCAGUCUGGCUCAGCGGCGAGGAAUGAAGAAAUUAGGGAGUCCCAAAGUUAGUCCAGAUCCCAAAGAAAAGGAGCGACCCCAACAAUCUGAAUUAAACACAAAAUAAAUCAAACGUAGGCCCAUGUAAUUUUAAGAAGA